GAUGGCGCAGGUGCGGUAUAGCAGCGACGUGCGAUAGAAUACGACAUGACAAAUGACUAGACAAAAAUGUAGGAAUUACAUUUGUGCAAUUGGUUCUUAAAUAUGUAUAUUGCUUAAUGAUCAUAGAAAUUUCUAUGUCUCAGAUCAAGUAUAAAUUAUUAAUUAAUCCUCAACAGUCACAAUGGAAGACACAGAUUUUUUAUUUCAUCGUAAUAUUUUUAAUAAUCGGUACACUAUGUACUUGGGUCAGUAUAUUGAUAUUGAAGAUAUUCUAUGUUCAAACUAUGGAGGAAUUAAACCAAAAAGAAAAGACAUUAGCUCGUACAUGGUGGUUACGUGGUAAAGCACAAAUGCAUGCGAAAUCAAUGAAAGAGAAUCAUAAUGCAAAUAAAAAUAUAAACAUUGAUCGUGAAUGGGAAUCUAAUAAUUCAACAGAAAAAAUUAUUGUAUGCUAUUACACGGUACCGAAAGACUCCAAUACAGUGCGGAAUCUUUUUCCGUCGCAAAUAGAUCCACAUAUUUGCACCCACAUUAUUAUAGGUUUUGCAAGUAUCAUAAAUUGUACGGUUGACAUGGGUGUCAAUACCAGGAUUUACGAGGAUGUCGUUGAUCUCAAGAAAAAUAAUUCGAACUUAAAAGUUAUGAUUAGUAUUGGCGGUAGUAAUGAACUUAAUUCUGGGUUUCCAGAAAUGGUUAAGAACCAUGCAAAUCGAAAACGAUUUAUAAGAUCCGUGUUAAAUGUAACAAAGAAAUUUAAGUUUGACGGAUUAGAUCUCGAUUGGGAGUUUCCAGGAUUGUUCGAACCUAAAGAAAAAGAGAAAAUACAUUUUGUACAAUUAGUUCACGAAGUAAGGAAGGAAUUUGAUCAUAGGAGUGAAAAAUUAAUCUUAUCAGUAGCCGCGGCAGCUCCACAAGUUAUCAUAGAUCAAAGCUAUAGUGUUCCUGAAAUUGCAGAGCACGUUGACUUUAUAAACCUUAUGUCAUAUGAUUACCAUUAUUACAUUUGGUAUUUUCCUGUAACUGAUUUAAAUGCUCCUUUAUUCCCGUAUGUUAUGGAAUCGGGAUACUUGGACACACUUAAUGUAAACUUUUCUGCACAUUAUUGGAUAACGAAGAGGAUGCCAAGAUAUAAAAUUGUCGUUGGCAUACCAACGUAUGGUCAUUCAUAUAAAUUAGAUAAUCCUUUAAAUCACAAGUUACAAGCGCCGGCUAAUGGAUUUGGUAAACUUGGUUUAAAUGGCUUCGUAUCUUAUUCGACUAUUUGUCAAUUCUUGAAGAACGGAGCAAGUAAUGUUUUUGUAAAUAAGAGCAAAGUACCAUACGCUUACAGAGACGAAGAGUGGAUAUCAUAUGAUAAUAAUGAAAGCAUAUAUUAUAAGACAAAGUGGAUACUUGCUAAUGGUUUCAAAGGUGCUAUGAUUUUUUCUCUGAAUACCGAUGAUUGGAAAAAUGAAUGUAAUACAAAUGAAACCUUUCCAUUGACACGUACUAUUACAAAAUUAUUUAACAAAGAAAAAGAUUAAUAUCUUUAAAUAAAAAGAUUAAAAAAGAUUAAUACGUAAGGGAUCAAUGAAUUUUUACUUUUUGCGAUCUGUGAUAUUGAUGAACAUAACAAAAACCAAAGAGUAAAGAAACAAUAUGAGAUUGGCAUAAUUCAGAUAACAAAA